CAGGGCAGGUCCAAGGAUCGCCUGGGCCGAGAUGCUCCCAACGGCGCUGCUCCUCGCCGUGCUGUGGGGCGGUGAGUGGGCCGACGGCAGGCAAAGGGGGCGCGCAGAAUUGCAGGCCCAGGACCGUGGAUUCUCGCUCUCGGUACAGAAGGUGGUGACCGUACCGGAGGGCCUGUGUGUGUUUGUGCCCUGCUCCUUCUCCUACCCCAGGGAAGGCUGGACUGAGGAAACCCCAGCCUACGGCUACUGGUUCAUUGACGGAACAGAGACAAUCCACGGUUUUCCGGUGGCCACAACCCGCUUGGAUCGAGAUGUGGAAAGAAGGACCAGGAACCGAUUCCACCUCGUGGGCAAGGCCCAGGAAUAUAACUGCUCCUUGCUGAUCACGGAGACACAGAGGGAAGACAGUAGACGGUACCACUUUCGGGUCGAGAGAGGCAAUUCUGUGAAAUAUAAUUUUGUGAAAAAUACGUUCUAUCUGAAUGUGACAGCCAGGACACAAGAGCCAGCUGUGUACAUCCCAGAGAUGCUGGAGCCUGGGAAGCAGGCGACAGCCAUCUGUGUGUUUGACUUGGACUUUGAGCCGUGUCGAGCCCCUACUUUUUCCUGGACGGGGGCUGCCCUCUCCUCCCACAAAAUCAGCCGGACAACUGCCCACGUCUCAGUGCUCAGCCUCACGCCGGGACCGCAGGACCACGACAGCAGCCUCACCUGUCGCGUGGACUUCCCCCGGAGCGUGAACUUCCCCAGCGCACCCGUGAGCUUGGAAAACAGUGUCCGGCUUAAUGUGGCCUGCGCCCCCGAAGUCCCAGUUAUCAGCAUUUCUCACACCAACGGAUCAGCCCUGGAGCUCGUGAAUGACAGCCCACGUCUGGACGUCCAGAAAGGCCAGUUCCUGCGGCUGCUCUGUGAGGCCCACAGCAGGCCCCCGGCCACUCUGAGCUGGGCCCUGGAGGACAGAGUCCUCUCUUGGUCCCGCCCCCCGGGCUCCGGGCGCCUGGAGCUGGUCCUGCCUGGGGUGAAGCCUGACGAUGCGGGGCGCUACACCUGCCGGGCCGAGAACAGGCUCGGCUCCCAGAGCCGCGCCCUGAACCUCUCUGUGCAGUAUGCCCCUGUGAACCUGACAGUGGUGGUCUCUGGAGCAGAAAGGGCAGUCCUGGAAAACCUCAGGAACGGCUCGUCCCUCCCCGUCCUGGAGGGCGAAGGCCUGCGUCUGCUCUGUGUCGCCCACAGCAACCCCGCAGCCCAGCUGAGCUGGGCCCGGCGGGGAGAUAUUCUGCGCCCCUCCCAGCCUUCCGACCCGGGGCUCCUGGAGCUGCCUCGGAUCCACCUGGAGCAUGAAGGCGAAUUCAGCUGCCGAGCUUCGAACCUGCUGGGCUCCCUUCAGGUCUCCCUGCGCCUCUCCGUGCGCUACCCCCCACGGCUGCUGGGACCCUUCUGCUCCUGGGAGGACCAGGGUCUGCGCUGCAGCUGCUCCUCCCGAGCCCAGCCGGCCCCCUCGCUGCGCUGGCGGCUGGGGGAGGGGCUGCUGGCGGGGAACCACAGCAACGCCUCCCACGCGGUCACCUCCCGCUCCGCGGGGCCCUGGGCCAACGGCUCCCUGAGCCUCCGCGCGGGGCUCGGCGCCGGCCUCCGGCUCAGCUGCGAGGCGGAGAACGUCCACGGGGCGCACAGCGGAGUCCUGCUGCUGCCAGAAAAGGGAGGAUUCCUCUCCAAAGGAUUCUCCAGCGGAGUCACUCUGGGCACGGGCGUCACCCUCCUUCUCAUCCUCUGCCUCAUCGUGGUCUACGUGAAGGUUCUCAGGAGGAAACAGAUCCCGGCAGACACUCCGGCCCAAGCAGAGACCCGGAGGCCCAGGGUUACCAGGAGGAGCACCAUCCUGGAUUACAUCAACGUGGUCCCGGCCCCCGGCCGCCUGGCUCGGAACCGAAGGAACAAACCCAGCAGUCCCUCCAGGACCCCUCCUGCAGAUGCUAAAUCCCCAGGGCCCAAAUCGUCCCUGCCAGCCCCAGAAUCAGGGAACUACCCAGAGGAGAUCCAUUACGCUGCUCUCAGCUUCUCAGGCCUCAGGGCACAGAAGACCCAGGAGUCCAGGGACAUCGGCUCGGAAUAUGCCGAAAUCAGGUUCCACUGACGGCCCACUGGGCUGUGGCACGGGACUGCGGACUCGGACUCGGGGCAAGGCAGGCGCGGGAGGGGGCGAGGGGAAGG